AUGGCUCAGCGUAAUGUAGAAUGGUACAGCGUACACACAUAUGGUGUAGCGCUGCGGGAAAUGGCUCAGCUUAAUGUCGAAUGGUACAGCGUACAUAAAAACAGUGUAGCGUUGUGUGAAAUGGCUCAGCGUAAUGUCGAAUGGCACAGCGUACAUACAAACAGUGUAGCGCUGCGUGAAAUGGCUCAGCGUAAUGUAGAAUGGUACAGCGUAAAUACAAACAGCGUAGCGUGCGUGAAGUGGCUUAGCAUAAUGUCGAAUGGUACAGCGUACACACAAAUGGUGUAGCGUUGCGUGAUAUGGCUCAGCGUAAUGUAGAAUGGUAUAGCGUAGACACAAAUAGUGCAUCGUUAGGUCUAAUAGCUUUGCAAAACAUCAGACGCUCUAUCUGA